CAGAGGAUCUGCCGGCGUGGCACAGAGCGACCCUGCUACAGGAUCAACUACUUCCAGGACCCACAGCGGAGGGUGACCUUCGAUGAUGCCAGGCAGGCCUGCAGGACAGAUGGGGGAGAGCUCCUCAGUAUCGACACUGACAAUGAGCAGCGCCUGGUCGAGAGGUUCAUCCAGCAGUUGCAGGCCACUGAUGGGGACUUCUGGAUCGGGCUGCACAGAAGCCCACGCCACCGGGUGACUACUAUGGGCUGCCCUUCGCAGUACUACUGGCUGGAUGGCAGCAAGGCCAGAUUCAGGUGUUCUUGUGUUUUACUUUGAAUGUUGUGGUAUUGGCAGUGUUGGGGAAGCUAAUAUGAAAAUAUAGUUUACCAAGCUACCAAUUACUUCACACUGAAUGAAGUUAAGCUACACUAAAGCUACCCUUAAAAAAUAUAGUUGACUUAACUAAAGUUACUUUGAAAAGGUAGUUCACUUCAUCCAAACUACUUUGUGAAAAAUUAUCAUAUGUAAAUCUGAAAUGUCAUAGACGACAAAUUGCAAGAACAGAUCACUGUAUUCAGAUGUUAACAGAAUGUGUCAUUUAACCUAUUAAUCACAAAAUAAAAUGUUCCAAGUGAGAAUUACGCAGGCCUGAUGCCGAAAAAGAAAGGAAAUGAUUACGUAGUUCCAGUAGCUAGCUACAUCGCUACAUGGCAAAAAAGUCAUUAACUACUGAAAACACUAACUUCAUUUGAAUUUAGUUCAACUACCACCAAGCUACUGCAAAAUGUAGUUAAAUUACCAGUUGAACUACAUGUAGUUCACUACUCCCCAACACUGGGUAUCAGUAGGAUGAGAGUGCAUUUUCAGAGGCAUGCUGUUGACUAUCAGAGGAUCUCUGAUAAGGUUGUUGACCUAUGGAAAAAUGCUUGUUGCAGAAACUGGCAUUGGGACGAGCCAUCAUGUGGCAACGAGAUGUGUGUGGUGCUGUAUCACCAGCCUUCUGCCCCCCCUGACGAAGGGGGGCGCUUCAUGUUCCAGUGGAACGAUGACAACUGCAACACCAAGAACAAUUUCGUCUGCAAGUACUCCGAAGGUGAACUGUACCCUGGACACGUUCUGAGUAGCCAAACGUUGUGGAACAUUGCAGAUAGAAAUGUCAUGAAUAGAGCUGACAUGAUUCUACAUGUCAGAGAGUUAUGUUUGUUCUACAUCAUGUUUUUCUAUCUGAACGUUCCACAACAUUGUGCCCUGCUGAACAUAGCCCCGGUGUCCUUGAUAGUGUCCAUAUUUAGACAUGAACAGAUUCAAAGGGUUGUAUUCAAAGGACAGCAAAUGGAAGGAAAGGGACCGAAACAGGGAGGGACUACCUGAAUUUGUCCAAUAAGAAUCUCUCGUUUUCGUUGACGAAACUUUUUGUUAUGGAUUGCAAAAGUGUGCACUAAUGAAUACGACGGUGUUACAUUACAUUUAUCCUAUCUCAAUCCUGUAGUUUAUCUCCGCUGAAGGAGAUAAUAUUGUAUGGUAUGAUUUUUAUUGAAUACCAGCUUAUCAACAAGGAACCAUAGAAAAUAUCCUUCACAGUCAAUAUAGUCCAUAUUCAUUUGCAGCUGAUGAUUGUCACUUUCUCUCUCUUACAGAAAAGUUACCCAUGUUUACUGUGGUGUGGAAUUCAAUAUACACAGGUAAACCCACCACUGCAACUAACAUUUAGAUUUUUUAAGGUCAAAUAUGUGAAUCCUUGAGAUGAGUGAUUUGUUGAUACUGAGAUCAACAGCUUGAACAUUGUAAUGACAUCACCAUUCUCAAUCUCCGAAGUGUCUAUGUAUAGGAUGACAUCUAGUGGUCAAGAUUAAUGAAUCACAAUAUAAUACACUGCUCAAAAAAAUAAAGGGAACACUUAAACAACACAAUGUAACUCCAAGUCAGUCACACUUCUGUGAAAUCAAACUGUCCACUUAGGAAGCAACACUGAUUGACAAUAAAUUUCACAUGCUGUUGUGCAAAUGGAAUAGACAACAGGUGGAAAUUAUAGGCAAUUAGCAAGACACCCCCAAUAAAGAAGUGGUUCUGCAGGUGGUGACCACAGACCACUUCUCAGUUCCUAUGCUUCCUGGCUGAUGUUUUGGUCACUUUUGAAUGCUGGCGGUGCUUUCACUCUAGUGGUAGCAUGAGACGGAGUCUACAACCCACACAAGUGGCUCAGGUAGUGCAGCUCAUCCAGGAUGGCACAUCAAUGCGAGCUGUAGCAAGAAGGUUUGCUGUGUCUGUCAGCGUAGUGUCCAGAGCAUGGAGGCGCUACCAGGAGACAGGCCAGUACAUCAGGAGACGUGGAGGAGGCCGUAGGAGGGCAACAACCCAGCAGCAGGACCGCUACCUCUGCCUUUGUGCAAGGAGGAGCAGGAGGAGCACUGCCAGAGCCCUGCAAAAUGACCUCCAGCAGGCCACAAAUGUGCAUGUGUCUGCUCAAACGGUCAGAAACAGACUCCAUGAGGGUGGUAUGAGGGCCCGACGUCCACAGGUGGGGGUUGUGCUUACAGCCCAACACCGUGCAGGACGUUUGGCAUUUGCCAGAGAACACCAAAUUCGCCACUGGCGCCCUGUGCUCUUCACAGAUUAAAGCUGGUUCACACUGAGCACAUGUGACAGACGUGACAGAGUCUGGAGACGCCGUGGAGAACGUUCUGCUGCCUGCAACAUCCUCCAGCAUGACCGGUUUGGCGUGGGUCAGUCAUGGUGUGGGGUGGCAUUUCUUUGGGGGGGCCGCACAGCCCUCCAUGUGCUCGCCAGAGGUAGCCUGACUGCCAUUAGGUACCGAGAUGAGAUCCUCAGACCCCUUGUGAGACCAUAUGCUGGUGCGGUUGGCCCUGGGUUCCUCCUAAUGCAAGACAAUGCUAGACCUCAUGUGGCUGGAGUGUGUCAGCAGUUCCUGCAAGAGGAAGGCAUUGAUGCUAUGGACUGGCCCGCCCGUUCCCCAGACCUUAAUCCAAUUGAGCACAUCUGGGACAUCAUGUCUCGCUCCAUCCACCAACGCCACGUUGCACCACAGACUGUCCAGGAGUUGGCGGAUGCUUUAGUCCAGGUCUGGGAGGAGAUCCCUCAGGAUACCAUCCGCCACCUCAUCAGGAGCAUGCCCAGGCGUUGUAGGGAGGUCAUACAAGCACGUGGAGGCCAUACACACUACUGAGCCUCAUUUUGACUUGUUGGAUCAGCCUGUAAAGAAAAAAAUAUUUAAUAAUUUUAUUUCAUUCAUUCAGAUCUAGGAUGUGUUGUUUAAGUGUUCCCUUUAUUUUUUUGAGCAGUGUAUAAUAGGAGAGAAUAGAAUAGAAUAUAAAAACUUUAUCAGUGUCAUUGAAUCAAUCCUCUUCUCAGAUUGUCACGAUCGUCGGGAACAGAGGACCAAGGCGCAGCGUGGAAUGCGAACAUAUUUAUUAAAUAAUGAUAACACGAUCAAAACAACAAUCGAUAACGUGACGUCCUCGGUCUAACACAAACCACACUGGAACAAGAUCCCACAAACACUGUGGGAAAACUGGCUGCUUAAGUAUGGUUCCCAAUCAGAGACAACAAGCAACAGCUGAUACACGUUGCCUCUGAUUGAGAACCACACUGGCCAACAUAGAAAUACAAAACUAGAAUAAAUGAAAACUCACACCCUGGCUCAACAUACUAGAGUCCCCAGAGCCAGGGCGUGACAGUACCCCCCCCCCAAAGGCGCGGACUCCGGCCGCGCCAACCAAACACCACAGGGGAGGGACCGGGUGGGCACUCCGCCUUGGCGGCGGAUCCGGCUCCGGACAUGAUUCCCACUCCAACCCCCCAAAGUACCCCUGGUCCGGUCUGACCCUGCUGGCCGGAGCUGGACUGAACACCGGUGGAGCGGAUUGCUCUAGCUCCGGCGUGGAGCAGCUGACCGGUGCCGGACCAGGCACCGGUGGAACAGGCACGGGCUGUGCCGGACUGACGACGCACACCACUGGCUUGGUGUGGGGAGCAGGAACAGGCCGAACCGGGCUGACGAUGCGCACCAUAGGCUUGGUGCGUGGAGCAGGAACAGGCCGGGCCGGGCUGACGAUGCGCACCAUAGGCUUGGUGCGUGGAGCAGGAACAGGCCGGGCCGGGCUGACGACACGCACCACAGGCUCGAUGCGAGGAACAGGAACAGGCCGGACCGUACUGGGGACACACACCACUGGCCCUACGCAGGGAUCAGGAACGGGCCGGACCGGACUGGUAACACACCCCAGUACCUCUCGCCGUGCCUCUACACUUUCCCUCUCCUCUGUGACCAGUGGCCCCCUUAACCUGGCGGCCUCCUCUGCAAACCCGCUGGACCGCUCUAUCGCGGCCUCCUGCUGCCCCGUCGUCCACGGCGUGAGCCCCCCCCCUAAAAAAAUUCUGGGGGUCUCUCCUCCCCGUGGGCCAGGCCCAGCCGAGGUUGAUGUCCUUUAGCGAUACCUCUGGCACUGGCUCCUGGACACGCUGCUUGGUCCAGUGUUGGUGGGAUCUUCUGUCACAAUCGUCGGGAACAGAGGACCAAGGCGCAGCGUGGAAUGCGAACAUAUUUAUUAAAUAAUGAUGAUGAUAACACGAACAAAACAACAAACGAUAACGUGACGUCCUCGGUCUAACACAAACCACACUGGAACAAGAUCCCACAAACACUGUGGGAAAACUGGCUGCUUAAGUAUGGUUCCCAAUCAGAGACAACAAGCAACAGCUGAUACACGUUGCCUCUGAUUGAGAACCACACUGGCCAACAUAGAAAUACAAAACUAGAACAAAAACAAAUGAAAACUCACACCCUGGCUCAACAUACUAGAGUCCCCAGAGCCAGGGCGUGACACAGAUAAUAGAGGCUAUGCAUGACAAAUACAGUAGGCUAUAGUACAGUUACAGAUUACCAUUGACACUGCUUGAAAUUGUUGCUCUGAUUGAGUUUAUUCCUAGGGAGUUUAUUUAUAGUAGGCUGCUAAUUUGCAUAUUAGUCAUACUGUACUCCUCUACACAUUGCUGCAUCACACAUGCUCAAUCCUUCAUCUUUGAUGAAGACAAAUGUUGCUUAUUUUUGGUCUGCAUAUUUAUUUGGUCAAUAUUACAUUUUUGGAUAUCAAUCGAACUUACAGUGUCUGUCUAUUUAAAAGUUUUGUUCAUUAUCUAUUUUCCAGUUGCCCCAAUUAUAUCUCUCAUGCCAAACCUACCAUCAGCUACAGUGAGUGAUGAGAAGACAAAAAUUGGACUAUCUGAAUCAUCAGGUAAAAAAUCUGCACUCUUCAUGUCUAUCGAGUUUGAUCCUAGGUUAUGAAAUAUUGUGCAUUGUGUCACAAAUGCAAUAAAUAAUCUCAUUUCUUUUUUCUUUUUUUAUUCUCCAAAAGGUAUUCAUAGUGAGGUGCCAACUUACUGCCAUUAGCCUGGUCCCAGAUCUGUUUGUGCUAUCAUGUCAGCUCCUUUUCAUUGACAAUGAGUGACAAGGAGUUGACAUGAUAGCACAAACAGAUCUGGGACCAGGUUAUAAUGCCAUUGUCUUACCUCUGUUGUUAUCUUUCAGAUAACGCCCUGUAUGUCUCCUACAUUCUAUUUGCUACUGUCCCUAUUCUACUGCUGCUGCUUGUGGCUACAGGAGUCUUCUGCUAUAAACUGGCUGCCAAAAGGUAAUAAUUGUUCGCUUCAUUAAAUAAUAACAGGUAAUAAUACAUUGUGUACGAUUGGCACCUUUCAAGGUCACCUAACAUUAUUUAAAAGUAUCUAUAAGUUAAAAAAUGACAGAGAAAAGAGGGGCAAAACAGAGGAAGCUCGCAAGAGGGCUUACGAAAAAUAAUCAACAUCAGACAUCACAGAGCAUAAGAUAGCCUUAAGAUAUAUUUUGUUUUGAGGUGGGUUUCAAUGCCGUAUUUGAAGUAGGCAAUGCUGGAGGUGUUUGUGGCUCACUACAUGCCUCUGUAACUGAUAGUGUAACUGUCUUUAUGCAGGAGAAAGUCUCAGACAGACAGCUACCCUAAGCAAGAGCAAUGGGGUACAAUGUCCACUGCGGCCUGCAACAUCCAAGGACCCUAUGCCUACCAGGACAUCACCAAGCUUCAACCAGCCGAUCUGGAGAGCAUGGCACCUGAAACAAUCAAGAAGAUGUCCUUCUGUGCCUCCUCUUUUGAUUCCCAGUGUGAUGAUUACGAGAAUGUUUCAAACAAGGAGACAGUGACAGAGAGUGGCUUUGUGACCAAUGACAUCUAUGAGGCCUGCCAGGACCAGGGUCGGCACUAUCUCAACGAGACUGGAUGGGUGGAGAAUGAGAUAUAUGAGUAAUGUUGCAGUCCUGCAGUGCCUCUCUCUUUACCACAUGUCCACUGGGCCAUCUGGGCAUCUGACUGUUGUUGUCUCCAUUCAUCUUUCAUAUAUCCUGCUGGUGGGUUGUAUGGCAUCAUGUGAUGCGAGACAGGAUGGACAGAUCCUGUGUAGUAUUCAAAAGUGUUUGCUUUAGGGUACGCCCACUAACCGUACAAAAAAGCCCAUGGUGUCACCCCCAUUUGAGGCUUCCUGUGUGGAAGCUGAUGUCAGGGAACAGGACAAUAUCUUCGGAAACUCGGAUGACAGAAGUCUGACCCCACGAUACCUCUGAGCAAUGGUCUCGCCCGCCUGUGAGAGAUGAUCCUCCCAAUGAUGUUUACCAAAGCCUCCACUGUUAUGACACCAGUUUGAGCUGGCUGGAUAUAGUCUUUAAUGUGCCUUUUCAUGACUACACCAAAGUCCUGGUUGGAUAACAGAGUGUAGCAUUUGUUUAUUUGCCUAUUCCUGUGUCUUCGUCUUAUAAACUUGUAUGUAUCACAAUGUUGUGAAGAAAAUCAAGAAAAUACAUAUUUUGCGUACAUGGUAGAUUCAAGUGGGCCUGACUAG